GAACUGUAUUCUUCUUCGGGUGGUUUCAUUCAUCUUAACAAUUGUUAAUCAACUGUUUUUCUUAUCUUUUACCAAUGAUUGUCUCAUAUAAGACAAUAUUUGUGCUGUUUCUAAUCAUCUAUACAAAUGUGAUUGCAUUGCCUACACAAGCAACAGAUGGUGAAAUUUCAACUACUCAAGUGACGACUAUAACUCCUGAGCAGAAUGAAUCAGUAACAAAAUCACCAUUACAAGAAACUUUGAUACAAAAGGAUACAUCUAAUAACAAUGUUGAUAUAACUCUACAAUAUAAAAAUUCUUUUUCACAAACUAACGAUUUAAGGACAGUAAAUAGUGAUUAUAUGCUAGAAGAUGUAAAUGAAAGCGAUACAGAUUUAAAUGAGUCAAUAUCACAUUUUUCUAACGUCGAAAUACUCAACACGGAUAUCGAAAGCACAAAUCUAUUUGAAAAUCAAACUGACAGCAAUUUUUAUAACGCAAAAAGUGAAGAGUUGUAUGAUUAUCAUGCAUUGAAUGAUAAUAGCACUUACUCCAGCGGUCCACAGUCUGGCACAGAAUCUCCAGAUCAUACUACAAUUACUGUGAAUGAAAUAUACGAAAACAGUAAGCAAGAAAUAGACGAUAACUUAACUGAGUCAGUUACCGAACUUCCUGAUAAUCAGACAUCAUUUGAUGAGAGUCAUUACGAGGAUUCAUUCAAUUUCUCUACUGUGCUUUAUGAUAAUUACCCAGAGGGUCAAAGUGAUACUUAUACAAAUGAUAACCAUGAAUUCAGUGAUAAUAGCAGUCACUCAAGCAGUCAACAGUCUGGCACAGAAUCUCCAGAUCACACUACAACUACUGUGGAUGAAAAAUACGAAAUCAGUAAGCAAGAAAUAGACGACAAUUUAACUGAGUCAGUUACCGAACUUCCUGAUAAUCAGACAUCAUUUGAUGAGAGUCAUGACGAGAAUUCAUUCAAUUUCUCUACUGUGCUUUAUGAUAAUUACUCAGAGGGUCAAAGUGAUACUUAUACAAAUGAUAACCAUGAAUUCAGUGAUAAUAGCAGUCACUCAAGCAGUCAACAGUCUGGCACAGAAUCUCCAGAUCAUACUACAAUUACUGUGGAUGAGGAGUGCAUAAAUAUGACUGAAACUGGAUCAGAUUUUCUUGAAAAAUGCGAAACCACUAUGCAGGAUAUAAACAACAAUUUAACUGAGUCAGUUACCGAACUUCCUGAUAAUCAGACAUCACUUGAUGAGAGUCAUGACGAGAAUUCAUUCAAUUUCUCUACUGUGCUUUAUGAUAAUUACCCAGAGGGUCAAAGAGAUAGUUACACAGAUGUAUUAGAAUUUACCGAAAGGAUGGUUGAAAACAAAACAUGGUUUGAUACAACUGCUCAAAAUACAAAAGAAUCGUUUCAAACAACACAACCUGUUAGUACUGUCACUCCAAAACUUUAUGACUUGAGUAUUUCGAAGAAAACCAAAAAAAUGAAUAAAAGUAGCGAUCAACCAUCAGAUAGUGAAGACAGUGAAGAUGACGAUGACGAUGAUGAUGAUGAUGAUGAUGAUGAUGACAAAGAAGAUACAGAUUAAAAGAUAACUUAAAAUAAACUUGAACUCCUCUUUUUACUACAUUUUUUGCCUAACAUUUGUGAAAAUAAGUAUAGACAAUUUCAUAAUCCCACCUACAUUUUGAUAUGUAGGAUAAAACAAACUAUUCACAUUGAUUGUAAAAGCACAUAAUAUCUGUUGAAUAUUCAUAUUAUUUUAUUGAAUUAAUCAUGAAUACUUUUUCUGAAAGUCACUGUUUAUGUAAAGUUAUAUUGUUUGUCAGUUAAAUGAUCUGUUACACCAUCUUGCCUGUUGGAACAAUUUAAUCCAAGUCAGUAGUUUUCGUAAAAAUAUGUAUUCUUGUAUGUCAGUAGAACUUCUAAACUAAAGAAAAUGUAUCUCAAAGAGCUUUGUUAUGGUUCCAGACUAAAGUCAUUGUGA